AUGUUCAAUUCCACUUGUAGAGGACUAUAUGAUGAUUUUUCUUGCUUACUUCUCAAAAUCAUUCCUUUAUGA